GUAACAGCAACAUCUCUGCGCUGGACCUGAGCCUGGGACCAUCUGUGGUCUGUUAAUGAGGGGGAGCUGGAUUUCCCCUGAAAUAGGAACUAUUUAAAUUCCCUGUUGAUCCAAAGAGCUCAGAAAUCUCAACGUGCUUUAGCAAAACCGCAGCAAACCAUUUGCUUGCAGAGGAGCCGAAGCUGGCUGUGCCGGACACUUUGCCAUUUAAACAUCCCUGGUCUCAGAUGCCACAACAGACCCAGAUGUCAGCGCAGCCCCAGACCUGCAGAACGGCGCAUGGGAGAAUGGUAGCGAGCCCGUAAGACCAUGCUCUACACAAUGAAAUGUUGGCUCCCGGUCCUGGUCCUCCAGCUGGUCCUCCUGAGCCCACCGCGGGUGGCAGCCUGCCCCGCCCGCUGCGAGUGCGCCCCGCAGAUCAAGUCGGUGGUGUGUCACCGCAAGCGGCUCACCUCCAUCCCCGAGGGCAUCCCCACCGAGACCAAGAUCCUGGAGCUCAACAAGAACCGCAUCCGCUGCCUGAACCCGGGGGACCUCUCCCCGUACCCGCUGCUGGAGGAGCUGGAUUUCAGUGAGAACAUCAUCUCCAAUGUGGAGCCGGGUGCCUUCAGCAACCUGUUCAACCUGCAGACCUUGCGGCUGCGGGGGAACCAGCUCAAGCUCAUCCCCCCGGGGGUCUUCACCAAGUUGACCAACCUCACCCUCCUGGACAUCAGCGAGAACAAACUCGUCAUCCUGCUGGACUACAUGUUCCAGGACCUGCGAAACCUGAAGAGCCUGGAGGUGGGUGAUAACGACUUGGUGUACAUCUCCCAGCGGGCCUUCUCGGGGCUGCUCGGCCUGGAGCAGCUGACCAUUGAGAAGUGCAACCUGACCUCCAUCUCAGCCGAGUCGCUCUCCUACCUCCAGAACCUGGAGGUGCUGCGGCUCCGGCACCUCAGCAUCUCUGCGCUGGAGGACCAAAACUUCAAGAAACUCUACAACCUCCUGCAAUUGGAGAUCGACAACUGGCCGCUGCUGGAAGACAUCUCCCCCACCAGCUUCCAGGGCCUGAACCUCACCUCGCUCUCCAUCACCUACACCAACAUCACAGCCGUGCCCGCCGCUGCCUUGAGGAACCUGGUGUACCUCCGGUACCUGAACCUGUCCUACAACCCCAUUAGCACUGUGCUGAAGGGCUCCUUUAAAGACCUCAUCCGACUGCAGGAGCUCCACAUCGUGGGUGCUCUCUUGGUGUCCGUGGAGCCGCAGGCUUUCUCCGGCCUGAGACAAAUCCGGCUGCUCAACCUCUCCAGCAACUUUCUCUCCACCCUGGAGGAGAGCACCUUCCACUCCGUCAACACACUGGAGACCCUGCGGGUGGACAGAAACCCCCUGGCCUGUGACUGCCGCCUCCUCUGGAUCCUGCAGCGACGGAAGACGCUCAACUUCGAUGGGCAGCAGCCCAUGUGCUCCUCACCGCCCGAAAUCCAGGGCAAUGCCCUACGUGACUUCCCGGACUCUGUGCUCUUCGAGUAUUUCACCUGCCAGAAGCCCAAGAUAAAGGAUCGGAAGCUGCAGCACGUGACGGCCCGGGAAGGGCAAUCUGUGUCCUUCCUUUGCCGGGCAGACGGGGAGCCAGACCCCUCCAUCGCCUGGGUGUCCCCUCAGCACCGUAUGAUCACCACCCGCAGCACGGGGCGGGCGACCGUGCUGCCCGGGGGCACCCUGGAGAUCCGCUUUGCCCAGGUGCAGGACAGUGGCACCUACAUCUGCAUCGCCAGCAACGCGGGAGGCAACGACACCUACUUCGCCACCCUGACGGUUAAGGGGCGGCCAGCUGACAGCUCCCACUACGCGAACCGAACUUUAUACCUCAGCGAGUUCAACGACACCUCCCACAAUGACACACAAGUCUUCUUGAAGUUUACGUUGGACCUCAAGACCAUCCUGGUCUCCACAGCCAUGGGCUGCAUCACCUUCCUGGGCGUGGUGCUCUUCUGCUUCCUCCUCCUCUUCGUCUGGAGCCGGGGCCGGGGGCAGCACAAGAACAACUUCUCAGUGGAGUACUCCUUCCGCAAGGUGGAUGGUCCCACCACCACCACCGGCCAAGGAGGAGCCAGGAAGUUCAACAUGAAGAUGAUCUGAGCCUCUCCCAGAGGAGAACCAUUGUCUUCUGCCCGGCCCCGGGCAUGGCCGUGGUGGGUCAGGGCUGGGGGGGUUGUGUGGGAGCACUGGUGACAUCCCAGCGCUGGCGGUGGGACCUUGCUGUGCUGGGACGCAGCUGGAGACACACCAGAGGCACCGUGAGCCAGCACAGUCAGAACCACAUGGACCUCGGGGAGCGAUGACCCCGACUGUCCCGGCCCCGCGGUGAGCCUUUGCGGCACAAUGGCUCAGGGGCCGUCCCGGCUCCAGGGGCUCCCAAUGUAGCCAACAUUUUUGCUACCAACUAUGCAUUUCUCUAGCCAAGAGAUCAGCAGUGUUUGGGCCUGGGGAAAAAAAAAAAACAAAACUGCUUCUCUUUUUUCCCGUCCCCUUUCCCAUUUUUUUAAGAGACUCUCUGGAAAACUUUCCUGGUAGUUGUUUAUGGUUCUUCUCUUUCCUUGUUGUUGGGUUGGGGUUUUUUUUGGUCCAACGAUUUUUUUUAAAUGAAUUUCCAAGAGAAAAAAAGUCUUCCGGGGCAACGCAGGGCUGGGGCGCCAGGGGAGGUUGUGCCGAGCUGGGGUUCUCAUCCAGCCCCUCGGCAAAGCCGGACCCCACAGGGCAUGGCCGUGCCUUGAGAGCUUUCCACUGGCGGAUUUAAGAUGUGGUAUCUGCAAACACGGGCGCCUGGGGAUGCUCCUGCCCAAGCAAUAAUAACCCACCCAAGGCCAGGCUCUGAGGAGGUGUCAGCAAGAAAAAUAAAAGGGA